ACAACAAGAAGAUAGAUGGACACUGGAGGUCUUGGUGGUUAUCUGGUCAAUGGGCCACGCUGCAGAUUUGACCUCCACUUCCUGUUUCCUCCCGCCGUCCGUCGCCCUCGCGCUGCAUUUCGUUGUCGGCCCCAUUUGACUGCGUCCCGGCGUGGUAGAACAUCGUGGUGGUGGAUGUGACUGAUUUCAACAUGUUGAGUCGCUUGUUGAUGCUGAUGCUCGCUUCCAUGCUCCUCAAAGCCUCCCAAUGCCAGAACGCCGCCGGGGUCUUCCUGCUCAUCGAAGGCGGAGCUUACACCUUCAACUUUACUGCCGCGCCCGCUGCCUGCCACUCGCAUCACGCCACCAUGGCAACCGCUGUCAAUGUGGAGGAGGCGCUGCGACACGGGCUGGAGACCUGCAAGUUUGGCUGGGUAGCAGAACAGGUGGCCGUCGUCCCGCGACUUACAGCUAGCAGCAAGUGCGGAAACAACAGAACGGGGCUGGUGAGGUGGAACGCCAGGGCGGACCAGGCUUUUGGUGUCUUCUGCUUAUCUGCGACAGCCAGCCUGCAAAUGUCCACCUCGUCUUCCACGUCAUCCUCUACCCCAUCCUCUGCCUCAUCCACGACAACACCCAACGCACCUGCACCUCCCGCUUCGUUAACAAAAACCACAAAAGCGUCCCUGGCCUGGACGCCUGCCCCACCCCCUAUCUCCACUUCCUCUCCACCUCUUCCUCGCCAUCCCGCUUUCUCUUCAGCCGAUCCUCUUCCUUCUCAUGUUAUCACCUCGUCACCCACGCCCUCCUCCUCUACCUCCCCGUCCUCUUCAUCCACUUCAGCUGCGGGUCAUGCUUCCAAUCAGCAGACCCAGAGGCCCACCGAGGCCUCCAUGCAAGCAGUUUGGACAGCGCUUAUCGUUCUAAUAGUCGGAGUUGGGUUCCUGAUGGCGACGGCUGCUGGAGUUUUGUGUUCCUAUUACAAACUGAAAAAAGGACCAUUUAGGUCCUGGGCCCUGCAGGGGGAGGAUUUGGAGGCAGAGAUGUGGAAGCCCACCGACAGCCAGACAGACCGUCAUCAUCCGCUGGAAGAAGAUGACCUUGAGUUGGAAGAGGAGGGAAGAGACAGAAAGUACUCAAGUGACAUCAUGCUGUGUGUGGACCCGCAAUUGAGGAGUAGCAACACAAUGUUGUGAGGCUUCUUGCAUCAAAUGGCAACAAAAUAAUCCAUCAGAUUAGAUUUCUUUAUUAUUAAUACAACAAGGCUGUGGUUGUAGUUACAUAUCAGCAUUUUAACAUUUAAAUAGCUAAUAAAUGGCAGAGGAAUAAUUUAGCAGGGUUCUAAUUUGGUAAGUCCGACCAUAGUAGAGCAUAUUUGAAAUUUAUGAAAUGGCCCAUUUUGCCUAAAGUUAAACACAUUUCAAAAUCAAACAAGAUCCAUUUUGUGCCAGAAUUUCUUCUGAAAAGCUUUAAAUACCCAAUUAAGUCUUUUUUUUCCUAAAUAGAUUAUGUUUGAAGUGUUCAAAAUUUACAAAGACUGAGAAGAAUUUCAUUACUGAGUUGUUGUGCUUUCCUGUAGCAAAUGCUUUUGCACCAUCUCAGUUGUCUGGAUUUUUUUGGGGGCGGGGCUAAAAACGAGCCCGAUGACACAAGUGUGCUGGGGCGCAUACAUUCUGGCCUGAGUUGGCCCUCCACCACUACAUAAUUACCAAUCUCCGUUAUGCCAUUUAGUGGCCAUUUGGCAAGAUUGCCACUUCCUUAUUCAUAAUAACUUGGCCCAGUUCUAACACUACAGCAUGCAGUUAACCAUCA